CACAGAACAGGCGGUUAUUCUGAGCUGGACGUUACUUUACUUCGGGAUCAAACUUCUUGAAUUGACCCAUUAUUUGUGUACAUGAUGUAAUUUUUACGCAUGCCUCAAAAACCGUUACUCGUAUGUGCCCUUUACGAUUACAAUCGUCAGCACACAGAUGAGCUCUCCUUCAAAAAAGGUGAUGUGAUAACAGUGAAACAGCAAUUAGAAGGUGGUUGGUGGGAAGGCAGUUUAAAUGGAGUUGUUGGAUGGUUUCCAAGCAAUUAUGUCACUCUUACUACUACUUCUACUCCUAUUACUACAGACGAGAAAGAUGACCAAGUCAUGGUUGAUGAUGGUUUGUUAAUUCAUCUACAGAACUUUCAGAAUGAAAUUAUACAACAUAUACUUGAAGGUGAAUUAAGACAAAUCAAUGAGCUAUCUCAACUAUUAUCAAUUUUUAUGGUUCCUUUAGAGCCUCUACUCCAUUUAUCCUUUUUAAACAAACUUAUUCAUUUAAAAGAUUUAUUACAACAGGCAAUUAGGAUACAUCAACAUUUAGCUUCAGCAUUGAAUGAAAUGAAAUGCUUACAUGGACCGAAGUGUAUUGGUCGAUUGUUUCUGGAAUUCGCUCCAGCCAUCAACGCUGUUGGUUGUGAUUAUUCAAAAAUAUAUUUACAUAUAAUAACAGGAUUAGAAGAGCAUAACUCAGAAGUUACGCAGCAUAUGGCGUCAUUCAACAUUAACUUUCAAUCACACCAUUGUAAACAACAGCUCACUUUAGUGUUUGAACGCUUGGGUCGGUAUCCUUUGCUAUUAAAGGAGAUGGAGCGAUACUUAGAGGAACCACAUAUUGAUCGCGUCGAUAUUCUCCGUGCAAUGCAUGUUUAUGGUGAAAUAGCUGAAAGGUGUGCAAUUCUUAGAAAAUUCAAGGAAUACGACAUCAAUGUCCUGUUGUCGACAAUUAAUGGAUGGCAAGGACAGCCUAUUCAACAACUUGGUGAUCCAAUUCUCACUCUACGCGUACUACUAGUCAGUGUACACAUGGAUCAAUCACAAGUGUUACCCGAUUUUAUAAAUGCAGAUUCUUUGAUAAAAAAGACUCAAUUAUCAUUGCUGGUUAUAUUUCCUGCAUGCGUUCUCCUAUUGGCAAAAACAAAUCAACCCAAUGUCUACGAUUAUACUACUAAGAUCCCACUGAAUUGUUUAACUGUGGUCAGUUCAACUGAAAGUGAGACGGAUUUGGAUCUCCUAGUUUCAGAUCCCAAUUCUACUAGUAUGGAUUUUACACCACCACCACCUUGUCAAAUAUCACUAGCUUGUACAGAUCAGAAUGCCAGAGAUCUUAUGGUUUCUACACUGACUGAUUUAAUACAAUAUCAAAUUCAAAAUGAACAACAACAACAGCAGACAAUGUAUACAGAACAUAUUUGUACAGAAAAUGAAAAUAUCCCCGCGGAUUCACUUAAUCUAUCUGAUCAAAAUAAUUCAUCUGUGUUAUUAUCAAGAAAUGAGCAGCUACAGAAUGUAAAGUAUACAGAAGACGAAAACCUUCAGCUACAUCAUCAAUAUCACCAUCAUCACAGUCCUCAUCCGUGUCAGCAAUUGACAACAGGAAAAGAAUAUUUAAAUUCUAAGCUGUCCAACUCUACUGUUGAUAAUAAAUCGAUAAAUUCCACCACCAAAACUUCUCCAGCCAAUAUUUAUCACGACGAUGUCAGUGUGGCCAACAGUUCUUCCAUUAUCACCACCCCCGCAACUAGUAGUAGUAAUAAUAAGAAUGAAAAAUGUCGUAUUUCUUCAUUAAAAAGAAGUAAAACAGCAAGACCGUUGACUGAACCGUCUAGUAUAACCAUUGAACAACAAUUGAAUAUCAAUUCCCAGCUACAAAAGCAACAAAAACCCCAUCAACAAUCAUCGCUUAAUUUAUCGAAUAAAUUAACCAGUGAAUCUUAUCAUACAAAACAACAAACUGUAUCAACUGUUGAAGUUUUUUCAAAUACUGAUAAGCCGACAACAGCAUCUUCAAGUCUACGCUAUCUACCGCACAGAAUCACUACCGAUGCACAUGUUCGUUGGUUUGAAGAAGAUAAACCAUCUGUAGAUGUACAACAGAAAUAUCCAUACACUCCUCAUAAUAAAAAUAAUGAAGAGAGUCUAUCUAUAUCAAUUCCAUUAUCGUCAGAUGGUGCCGUAAUCCAUGCAAUCCGUUGCCUGCGUAUUGAUGGACCAUUGGAUAUUUUUAAUCCCACUGAUAGAACUGGUUCUGUAAAUGGUUUGAAUAAUUUAGGCGUGUCAAGUAAUUCGUCUAAUGGGACCGUUGGUAAUAUAACAAAUCUUAACACCACCAGUGGAACUGAUCAAACAAUGCCUGGUGGUGGUGUUAGACCUCAAAGUCCUAAAAUGAUUGAAUCUGGGAAAGAAUCACGUCGUAAACGUGGGGGCUCUUUACACAGUUAUAAAUAAAUCCAUGAAUCGAUUAGAAUACAACAAAUAGCCGCUAGCCAACAAAGGUAAAUGAAAUGAAAUAUCAAAGGAUGUAUUGGACUUCGUGUAUAAUGAUGUUGAAUAAUAGUAAGUCAGUCAGUUGGUUAGUUAGCACUGUCAAUUGAGUGUAUGUAUAAAAUGUACAGUCAUUCAGAAUAUAAGAUAAAAUGUGAAUAGAGGACAACUGGGUGACACAUACUAAUGUAUAUGUAGUCAACACAUGUUCUUGUCUGGCUUAGAAAAAGAGUAAUGAAAUCAAUAAAUAGUGCUACUUAAUGUUAUCUAGCUGACAGUGAACAGCGCAUUAAAACAGAUGAGUUAUUAUUAAAGAAGAAACCUGAUCUAUGUGUGCAAAAACAGCACAUUCAUCCUCGUCGACUGCGAUGGUCUACUAGAAGGUCAUGAGGGACAUAAUCGCCUCAUAUUUUCAUGUUCUAUUAUGCCUUUCCUAUUCCUUUUCACCUAGUUCUCUUUACUCCAUUAUUAUCAUCCUUAUUAUGUGUGUCAACCUUUGUAAUUUACACCAAAGCUUAUCAUAUCUGUAGUAGUUCAUCACAAUUCACAAUCUAACCUAUUUACUUCAUCAUUACACUUGUUACUUGUGAGCCCUCGCUUGAACUUACAUUCAGUCUUCCCAUUUGUUGGAAUUUGUUUGUAUGCAUUUUGUGUGUAUGAUCAUAGUUCUCUCACCCACUAAAUACAACUCACCAAAUCCUAAUGAGACUUACAUUCUGAAGUAAUUUGGUGGUAGUCGUGUGGUGAGAGCUGGCUGCUAGCCAAAUUGGUAGACAGUAAUUAACGUCAUUGUUUACGUCCUCAAUAUUUGUCGUGAGAAAAAUAUGAACAAAGACUGAUUCAACAACCAACCACAGCAGACUUUGUGUAGGCGGAUACAGUUAGCAUAUAGAUAAUCUGAACUUCAAGAAACAGCCACAAUGAGAUGAACGAUUAACUUUCAGCAAGAAAGCAACCAAUCAGAAGACGUAGCUUCUCUGCUAGCAAUAACGCUGAUAAUAAUAUACUUAAAAAUCUAUAAAUAUCUGUUGAUUUCCUUAAUAAACGGUCUGUUGCCUGGUCCUAGUCUUCUAUUGUUACAGUGGGAUCGAGGAGAUUCACUUUGUCCCAUUGGGAACUCGUCAACUGAAUGUACCUGCACUCACCAUUGAGUCAAUGAUGACAUUCUCUCCAAGACUCAAACCCAUUACCUACUGCUUCAAACACGAAAGUUUUAUCCACUAGACCACUUGGGUCACGAGAACCACGUCUUAUGCAACGGGUAUCAGUUAUUAUUUAGGACGAUAUACGCAUUGUAGAUUCCACUGCUAGUUUCACCAUCUACCGAAUUACUUCAAGCUGAAUCCCCUAAACAUCGUCGAAACAUCCGCAUAAGUGGCCUACAUGUCAAAAGACGUCGAACACUUUAAUCCAAUCAAUCAACGAGAAAGUUCAAAUUGAAUUAAAUGAAACAUAUUCUGUUAACUAUAAAUGCAUUAGUAUAUCACCCAAUUGUCCAUUCAUAUUUUAUCUCAUGUUCUGAAUGACUGUACAUUUCAGAUGCAUUCAAACUAUUAAAUUAACUAACGAACUACCACUCCAUCUUAUACGUGUACCCCAAUACAAUUUUUGAUGCAUAUCUGUUGAGAGUCUGAGGAAGACGUUAUCCAAAAUAAUUCUUCGCUCGAAAAUUCCACCUUCAAAUGAUGUGGUCUAAUAUUGUGUUUCAAAAAUAUAAUACUUAUUACAAAAAAAGACGUAAACAGCGCAGCGACGUAAAUUUUCUUUUCGAUUAUUCAUUUUGCAUAAGCUGCUGUACAAUCGUAUUCAUAUAUAUUUAAACAAAGAAUUCAUAAAACCAAUCAGAUACUGGUAGAAUUUGUCCUGGAAAGGGUAUUACAUAAUGUGCGAAAUGUAAUUCUAGAAGGGUGUGACCGAUUGGAAAUUAGAAAAAGUGGGCAGAAGUUGGCAUGACGUGAUAAUUGUGAGAAAAUGACUAAUCAAUACGAUGGUGUAGAGUGGAUAAAAGCUAGUGGAAAGACGAUAAAGUUUUUUUACAUAAAAUCUGUAUGAAAAUGCAUAAUAAUACAUUAAUAAAAUGAAGCAAAAUUAUGGUAAGAGCGUUACUCUGACUACGGUAGGCAGAUUGAACGUAUGCAGUGCUUUUGAACUGAGAUGUGUGGUUUCAGAUCCCGAAUAGCCAAUGAUUCGCUUAUGCAUAGAUGGCGUAUUCGAAGUCUUUCCAAGGGAUUUCGAGGAACACUGUGAAGCAGUCGUGCGGGGAUGCUCGAUGUCUAGAAGUGACAUUGUGUUCGAGGAAAGAGCUACUGGUAUUCUUCUUUCUCCGGUUUUACGAGGUUGGAGAGUGUUCCACAAUACGUUUACGGAAUCGAGGUUGCUCACAGUCAACGUACUUUACUCCACAUAAACAAGUAAACUGAUGAAUACCAAGCGAGGUCGCCAAAAGCGGUUUGACUGUAUUAACUGUCUGCUGGGAAAAUUAAGGUGGUUAUUUUUAGGAAUUUCUGCUUUAAUAUCACCUGUGAAUUCUAGAUUCACAAAACAGUCGCGAUUUUCAGCAACGAAGGUUUUUCUGUCAUAUUUAUGUCGAUUAAUCUGGGGGUUGGCAGGGGUUCCCCAGUAGUAUUUCACGUAAUAAUUGUAAUUCUUUGUCUAUCAUUUAUUCUUUGAAUCCUUGAAAAUAAUGUACGUACUAAGUUUUACUUUCGGAUAAAUGAGACAAAGCUCUGAAAGUCGAUAAGCUGUCCACUUUAUGUUGGUUUGUGGUGUAUUAAUCUUCGGGUGGUACAGUUUUGUCAUCUACUAUAAGUACUGCAUCCAGGGAUGGAAACGGCAUGCUGUCUGAUUCACAUUCUAGGGUGAAUUUUAUCUUUAAUUAGUCAGCCCUCUUCUAGAUUACACCUCAUGUGAUACAUAUUUUAGUACAAAUUCUAUCAGUAUUUGAUCAGCCUUAUGAAUUUAUGUGCGUCGUUGGCACAUUGGUUAGGACUUUCGUCGACCAUGCAAAUGGUCCAGUGUUCAAUCCGCUGCCGACGCACACCUAAUAUCUAUGAUCGGCCUGCAAAAUUUGGGCCACCGAUAUCACAUGCUGAAAAUUUCAUACCUGUACCGAAAAUUCGGUGUGGAGUCAAGUUGUAAUCAAAAUCAAAAAACAAAUAAUUGAAUUUUAGAUUUUCCCGUUGAUUAAUUGGACCGAAGUGCUCGGUCUCAGGUUGACAUGUCGACUCCAUCUUGUACAGAUGCUUCGACGAUGUCUGGGCAUUUAAU